GAGCGGCCCCAGCCCCGGAUGGAGGCGGCCGCCGCCAUUUAGGCACAGCCCGCAGUGGCAAAGCAGAGAGGGGGUUGUGUGCGUGUGUCGGGUUAGUCGUUGCUACGGUUGCCGCCAUGAGGUACCUGUCGCGGUUGCUGCUGCUCGCCCUGCUCGUCUUCCCCGCUGCUCUGCUGCUCGGGGGCGCCCGCGGCGGCCCAGGAUCAGGUUUAUUAGUUGCAGCUCAAGAUGCUACAGAAGAUGAGGAAGCUGUGGAAGAUACUGUAGUUGAAGAUGAAGAUGAUGAAGCUGAAGUUGAAGAAGAUGAGCCAACAGACUUGACAGAAGAAAAAGAAGAGGAGGACUUGUCAGGAGAACCUAAAGCCUCACCUAGUGCUGAUACAACAAUCUUAUUUGUGAAAGGCGAAGACUUUCCAGCGAACAACAUCGUAAAAUUCCUGGUGGGCUUCACCAAUAAGGGUACAGAGGAUUUCAUUGUCGAGUCUCUGGAUGCUUCUUUCCGGUAUCCCCAAGAUUACCAGUUUUAUAUCCAGAACUUCACGGCUCUCCCUCUGAAUACGGUGGUUCCACCCCAGAGACAAGCCACGUUUGAGUACUCUUUCAUCCCUGCUGAGCCUAUGGGCGGUCGUCCUUUUGGCCUAGUUAUCAAUCUCAACUACAGAGAUGUAAAUGGCAAUGUGUUUCAAGAUGCUGUCUUCAAUCAAACUGUUACAAUUAUUGAAAAAGAAGAUGGGCUGGAUGGAGAAACGAUCUUCAUGUACAUGUUCCUCGCUGGACUUGGUCUACUUGUUAUUGUUGGCCUACAUCAGUUACUAGAAUCUAGGAAGAGGAAAAGACCAGUACAGAAAGUAGAGAUGGGAACAUCAAAUCAGAAUGAUGUUGAUAUGAGCUGGAUUCCCCAAGAAACUUUAAAUCAAAUAAUGCAGAGUAGAAGAGAUAAAGCUUCACCGAGGAGGUUGCCCUACAAGAGGGCACAGAAGAGAUCAGCGGGCUCUGAUGAGUAAAUGUUUACUAGUGCAACAGUUGAACCUUUACUAAUCCUGCCUGUUUGGGUUUUUUGGAUCGGAGUAGUGCAGAGAAUCCAUAUCACCAUAAGGAAAAUACAGCUAAACAUUUGGACUGAACAGAUUAACUGAAUGGUGUUAAUAUUACUGAAAAUGCACUUCUUUUUUUUUUUUUGUUAAUUGUUGGGGGGUGGGGGGAGAGGUAGCCAUUAAGAUUUGUGCCUGCGUGUGUAAGCGGUUGGUCUUAACAGAACAUGUUACCCGAAAUGUGCCUUUAGAGUUCUGUGUAAUGCUGGCUUGUCAUCUGUACACUGUCCUCGAAGGAUUUUUCUCCUCCCCCUAAUCUGAACGUCUAGUGACUUAAUCUGUCUUGAUUGUAUCACGUCUGUAUCAGAAUCUGUACACAUUUUUCUUCAGUAAGUAACUUUAUUCUCUCCAGUGUGCACACACUGAAGCUUGUGUGUGUGGUCCUAUUUCAGUGGCAAGGCACUGAUCAUCUAGAUUUCUGCAUAGUUUGCAUUCUAAAGGCACAAUUGGGUAUAGCUGCUCGUAGCGGUAGAUAUUUUGCUGCUGGUUUGAUCUGGGCAUGCAGUGACCUAAAAAUCUGAACUUAUCUGCGUAGAUGUUAGGAAGACUCUUACACAGCAGCAGAACUUGUGAAGCAUGGAGUUUGUGUGCUGAAUUGGUAUUACUACAUAAAUUUUUUUUAUACCCAACUUGUUAAAUGGUUAGUUAUUGAGUCAUGCCAGCAGCUUAAGUAUUCUGAUUAUAGUGGCAGCUCUGCAAUGUUUACUCAAGAAAUUGAAUGAGUCAGAACAGCUUUUCAGUAAGUUCUUGGUUGUCUUACAAAAACUAGAAUGUCAUAUGUAUCAAAAUGGGGACUUAAAGCUUUACAUGGGGCAGGGACUUUGCAUUUACUGUACACUCUUGAGACUGAAUUUGAAAAAACGUUAGCUUCAAAUAAUCCUUUUAAAUGGCAAACAAGUCACCCUUUACGGUUUUUAAAUCUCAAACUUCUUUUUACUGGUCAGUAUGUUGAUCUGAGGGUUUGGGGGUUUUUAUCACCUUGUCUUUCCUACCAGUAACACAUAUGCAUAUCAUUAUUAGAUACAUGUUUAAUACUAAAGCAGAAAAGCUAUAUGCAAUCAAAAUGGGAUUUUCUUUUGUGGUAGGCACAUGAUUACCAGGUACCAAUUCACAUCUGUUGCAUUCAGGAAUUUGACUGACAGUAAAAAAGACAGUUUACUGCCAUUUGAGCACUUGGACAAGGCUUGAGCUGUUUGUAUCUCAGCUGCAUCCCUUCCCAUGUCUGAGGUUAUCUGGAAGCUUGCUGAGUUCAGGAAGAGGCAUCGAUUGGAGACCUCUGAUGUCAUCUUUUCUUCCCCUUCCUGAUUCCCAUGUAUGAAAUUGCUCUUUCAGAUCUGUAUUUGCUCUGCAGGGACUGAGCUUCUGAGCCAAUGAACACUGAGCAAUACUUAGAUAUCAUGUCAUAGCGUGUUUGAAGCAUCUGAGCUCUGAAACUACCUGUACUGGCACUAUUUUACUAUACACUUUGCCAGAAUGAACUGUGAAGAUGUUCUUGACUCCUCUAGGAAAAGCAACCUCCAAAAUGCUUUGUUUAACUUCCUGAUAAUGCAGCUAGCCCAGGCAGAAUAUUUUUAGUAGUUAAGGUUGCUGAAUCAUCAUACGGAUCACUUGGCAAACAGUUGAAUGCUGUCUCCAUAAGGAGGUAUCUCUGCUCAAAUUGAGGGGAACAACUUUGUUUGCCUUUACUGAUGUUAUCCCACUGGUUCUGGGUUAGGUUUAUGGGCUUAUAUUCAAACUUGCAUUGAUCCAACAAAGUGUUUAUGUAUUAAAUGCUUUGUAUGCUAAAGCCCUAUAGCUAUUGCAGCACCUGAACUACUGAACUUUUAAGUUCCCUCUCUUGGGUAAUGUCUCUAACCUGAAAUCAAGGAAGUUGGUUGGUUGGUUGUUUUCACCUUCUCCUAAUGGGCAAUCUUAAACUGUUGCUCUAGUUCUUCCCAAGAUAGGAAGGUACUCUUUUGGGGAGGGGGUGGGGGAGAGGAAUUAUGAGACCUGCUCUAGAUACAGUGGUACUCCAGGAAAAAAGAAGAUCAGAACAGAGGAUAUUAAUUUGUAAUAUCCUGAUAUAAUUUGCUCAGAUAGUUUAGCCCUAACUGGUUGAGUUUUGGAGCAAGUUUGGCCUUUAGAAAUCUUACACUGACCAGGACUUAAGAGAAGCUGAAGGACUGAAGCACUGUACAAAUAAGUAUACGAAGGUUUCAGCUUUCUUCCCCCCACGCAGUGGUUGACAUCCAAAUGCUUAAGCUCUAAGCAUGAAAGAAGAGAGGAGACUUCAGCAACCUGCAUAGGAACUAGCAAUGGGAAAGUCCAGUUGUACCAGACUGUCUUUCUGAUCCUACAACUUGGCAUUCACUGUGGAUGGUUCAUAGGAAUUUUCUCAGUCACAAGCAGUACAUAAGAGCAGUGGCCAGCAGUCCCCUACUGCUCAUGAUAAAUGAAGUAACAGUUUUGAAUUCCUUGUGUCUUGUUGUUUUGCUAUAGUUGAAACUUGGCAAUAACAUUCUGGUGUGUAGUGGUAAUUGAACUUUGGCACGUCUUAGGGUGUUUCUAGUGAAUAAGCCAGCCUACUACACUCAGAUUUCUUCAAAUAGGAGAACACAGUUGUUGCUUUAUCCUGUUUAAGAACUUUUAUUUUGGUACUUAAAUUUUCUACUCAGUUUUUAAACAAAUAGAUAGCUUAGUGUCACAGGUACGUUACUGGAUGUCAUUGUUAUUAUUGGCUGAGUAGGGUAUAGUUCUGUUGACUUUAAGAUGGAACAAGCAGCAAUUCUGCCUGUCUCUAUGCCAUCCCUUUCCAUUUUGUAGCACAAGCAUUUCUAUAAUCCAGCAUUCUUCCCAACUCAGUUUUCAGCAAGCUUAUUGCACUACCACAUGCUGUUCAUGUGAGGUUAUGAGAAGCAAGGACUGAAAGAAGAUGUGAACUGGGGUUUCUUCCUUAUAUUAGUGAGAGAUGCUAAAAUGGUUUCAGACCACAAAUAAACUGGCCUUAGCGUGAAGGACUGCUAUUCAUUCCUUUCUCUCAGCUCCUUAACUAGUUCAAAAAAUUGUCAAGACCUGUUGAGUCUGUACUUGAGGUAAGAAAAACUGCAUUAGAGUUCAUGUCCAUAGUGGUAGCAGAGCAUUAACUUUGCUACAUGGGAGCUGCAUUUGGUAGUUGUGACCCUCUGUAUCUGCUUUGUGACAGAUGUUCAUUUUUUUUUCCAGUAUCAUUUUAUCUGAGGGAGAAGAGUGGCUGGUGUCAGGCUAAAGGAUGAAGUGUCAUCUCUGGUCUUCAUAUAAGAAAUAAUUAAAUUGUAGACUGUAGAGGUGAAUGGAGCAGACUAGUGAUGGCAGUGCUUCUGCUUGUCUCAAAACAGUUACGCUGAACAUCUUCCUUACCCUGGAAUGGAUAUAAUCAAAAGCAUCAUUCACUGUUUAUUCUGGGAGUGCAUGGUGCUAAAUAAAAUGUUGCAGUGGAAAGCUCUGAAUUCAGGGAAGCAGCAGGAAAGUCAAAUAGUGACAUAGGCUAGUUGUCCUGUUUUUCAGUGUGCCUGAUGUACUGAGCAGCAGUUGAGAGUCUGUUCUCUUUUUCUUCGUCAAAGGAAGGACAGUACCUACCUCAUAGGAGUGACACAAGGGCUGUUUCAGGAGUGUUUUGAAGUUACUUGAUACUUGCACAAUAUACUUCAUGGAGAUAAUAAGACGACAUAGCACUAAUGUAACUUGAUGGCAACUCCAUAGAUUCCUGUUUAAUCCCCUCACUGAACAGAAUUUUGUAGCUUUUUGGUAAGACUUUGUUUAAAUACACAGAGGAAUUGCAGUGACCUUACAGAGGAGAGCAAAGCCAGAAAGAUCUUUCAGUUUCUGCAAGAGUUUAUAGGUGGGCUAAAUAACCUUCUUCUGACAUUUUUCCAUUUAUCUCUAAAUUUUCCCAGGGAUUUUUUUAAUCAAGUGUUAUAGAUGAUUGUUUGUGUAGAUACAAUCAACAGUCAGUUUAUGAAUGACUGGUUGUUUUGGAUGAUUAAGUUCAGAUGAUGUACUGCAACUGAAAUGUUAAAUUAACAUUUAUUCUUACCUGCUGACUUUCAUUUAUAAGUGAGAUCAGAUCUCUUGAAAAUGGCUGCAGGUUUUUUGUAAAGUAAACUUGAUUUAUUUUUUUUUUUCUUAGCAUUGUGUAGCUUUUUUUUUUUCCAAAUAAAGCAUGAGUAUGGCAGCAAAAAGAGUGCUCUGCUGGUGCUCUUUUCCUUGAUAAGCAACCUGUAGUAGCAAAUAUGCAAAGAGUGAAAACAUGCUGUUCUUAAAAAGCUGCUUUCUUACAAGUAUUUGGGAUGGGAAUAAUAGCGAGGAAGUAUUCUGUGAUGUUUUAGGCAAUGGACUAAUAUUAAGAUUAAAAUUCUUUGUGAGAAUAGAGGAGGGUUCUGGGAAAACACUCAGUAAAUUCUUGAAUCCUGAUCUGUUAAAACCGAGCCAUAGUCCCCUACACUUUCAGAAAGAAUAACCUAUUGUUAAACUGUAGGCAGCGUGAAAAGGGUCUGUUAAGACACUUAAAGGCUGCUGAAGCACAAGGUUAUAACAAGGCCAAAUCCCUGUAGCUUUAAAGUCCCUGCUGUUGCCUGACCAAGAGACACAAGCGUAUUCCAGGCAGUAAAUACGGAAGGUAGCAGUUCAAGCAGGUCUGCUGCAUCCAAACAGAAGAAGGUAAGACUUGCUGGGGAAAAAAGCUAACAAAAGCAAAGCAAAAAUGGCUUAAAAGAUGCUGAGAUUUUUGUAUUUGAACUAUGUCUGCUGAUAAAUAAGGGAAAACUUAAAA